AUGGAUUCAAGAGCCGACAAAGGACCUCCACCGGAUGGCCCGAUGCCGGGCGGCCCAAAUAUUGCCAGCUUGCAGGUGCGGAUUAUAAUAUUGGUGUUGACGGGGAUCAACAUUGUUUCUGCGGCCGCGAUGGCGAUGAGGAUAUUAUUGGACGCCAGGAAUGCAUGCAGCCGGAGAAGGAUGAGGUGCAGCGGUGAUUCAGCAGAGAUGGGGCGGAUAAGGGUGCACAGGUCGAAUACGAUAGACCAAAGGGCUAGUGGGAAUCGGAGUGAGUCAUCGAAGACAAAGCUCGUGGGAGGAGGACAGGAUGGGAGUUCGGAGGCAUGGUGGAAAAUGAUUCCGGCAUUCGAUGUGUUCCCGCUGGUGCUGGCAACGACAAUAGUUAUCCAGGGAACCAUGUUUGCGGUGGUAGAGGGGGAAGGGUUGAAGAUGAGUCCGUUUCAAGGGAACUGCAGGUAUCUUUCGGAGGUUGCUUGGGUUGCCCUAUGGAUAACGCCUUACAUCAUCUUAUCGUUUACCAUUGAAACCGCUAUCCGUGCUCUCUCCCAGCCCCGCUUCCAGCCUCGCUCGGGGAAAUCUAUCAUAUACUGCGUUUUAUCUGCGCUCCUUCUCACGAUACUGACAUGGAUACCUUCCCGGGUGAUGCCUGAGGAUUCUGCUCAAGACUUCUGCGAUGGAGAACUGAUGGCAUUCGUUGACCAGUUUUCUGCAGGCGGGUUGGGUAUCAUGGUUGCGCUUUUGCCCAUUGCAGUGUUUAUGGGCGGGGUGGUGCUCAUGCACUUGAGCAAAGAUAUUGCAAUUGAUAGAGAAGAGAAGAUGGCUUCCAGCAGAACGGUUUAUUUUAUGCUGAUCAACGUUUUGCAAUGGAUUAUGAUGGUACCAAACUAUGUUUUGACUGCUCAGGACAGCCCCGAGUAUUCCACAUCUGCACUAGCAACCGUUAUAGCCAAUAUUGGAGGAAUAAUCUCCUGCGGUCUUUACAUCUAUUUAAGGACCAGAAACAUGCCCGCUGAGCUCGACGACGAACCAACACCGACAAUAAGGCCACUAGAGAGGGCCCCUAGUCGACACCCAACAGCUUUAGAAAAAGAGUUGAGUAUUGUAGUCAGCGAGCCCCACGACAACCGCGAUGACCGCUCCAUGAGUAGCCGCCCCGCACUUGCCUCGAUCAUCAGCGAAUACUACGACAUGCAUACCAUCUCUGAGAUCCCACGUAGCCCCACCAUAAGUACGCACUCAGAGCGGGAAACAACAUCCAUACUCCGGAUGCCACCCAGCCCCACUAGCCAGUACUCCAAGGACCGCCGCUCCUCCCGCGCACCCUCUAUAUUCUCCCAGUACACCACGCACAGCUUUCGACGGCUCGGAGAUGAAAUCAACCACAUGAUAGCCGGGCUCCGAAACCAAACCACCCCAUCCGCCGAGAACACCUCAGUGACACCUCCUCCACCAGCAAGCACCAGAAAACAGUCAACAACCUACACCAUCUUCCCGCCCAACCCCGACCGCCCACCCACCGCCGCGUCUAGCACCGCAUCGGUAUCAAAGCUGCCAGUACCACGUACGCUGCUGCGGGCACCAACUAGACCCUCGCGAGCAGCGGUCCCGACGAUAAAUCUCGACCGGCGGCAGUCGAACUUCAAGCAAGAGCGGGCGCAGUCGUCGCAGUCGUCGUCGCAUUCGGGGUCACUAAGGAUACCCCCAAAAGCGAGAGUGGGGGCGCCGUUCGAGGUGGCGAUACCACCGAGACCUGAUAAUGGCGAUGCGGAGUCGUUUAUGGAAAUCUUGAUAUGGAAGAAGGAGACUGGCGCGGAUCCGGACAAUCGUGUGUAA